AUGUCGAGCCGGAUGCUUCGCCACAGGGAGCUUGAAGCCCUGAGCCUCCUUGCCAUGUGGGCCACGUGGGCCUGGGGCCUGCUCGGAGCGAUUCCUGGGCCGAUCUCGGCCAUUGAGACUGGGGAAAUUUUAUCCGAUCUGCAAUCCUAUGUGAGAGAUCCCAUCGCCCGGCACACCGCCUGCGCGGUGGAUGCGGAUACGCCCACAGUUUGCGUACUGGAGGGCUUCGUAGGCGGAACUACUGAUCUUGAUUACUAUAUCCUGACGCUUCCAGAAGAGGGCCUGCUUUACGAGACCUCCCCGAACUUUCGCAGCUUCGGCUCCGAGCCCCUGCAGGCACCAGACCCCAUCGGUCCGCAUCUGCUUCCCUUUCUGGUGACAGAUCCGAAGCACCAGGUCGUUUAUGUCCCCCCUCAAAACAAAUGGCCCACUCCGAAUGCUUGGACGACGUUCACAUUCGUCGUGCGGUCGCUUAUUGGACUUAGUCAAGAUGGCGAAACCAUCAUCGAUGUCCAAUCUGAACCAGGUCUCGUUGUACUAGUUAACCCUCAUCGGCAAAUUGCCGGCUCUGACUUUAAUCUAGCAGAUGGAGCGGAUGGCUGGACAGUAUCCGGUCAACUUGAAGUUGUGGGAGGAAACACGCCCAGUGCUGGGGUGAGGCACCAGGCUGUUUCGUGGGGUGGCCUGAACCACUACAUUUAUGGUGCCGACGAAGUCCAAAGCCUGGACUUCGCCACUGGCAUUGAUCUAGCCAAGUGGUACUUCGAAGCGUCCCCGAGUGUUUAUCACAAGAAGGAGAUGGCAGUGGCAUAUGGAGGAACUUUGCGCUUCCGGAUCCGCGCGCAGUAUGGCGAGUUCCUGGAGUUGAACGAUCCUUUGGACUGGGUCACAAUCGAGUGUGAGUCCUGCGACACAGGCCACGGUGCUCGCAUAAUUCGUUUUGUGGACGAUACCCUGCGCUGGAUCGGGAACGAAGUCUACAUGGAGUUCCUGCUGAAUGAAAACGGAAGGUGGUCCUACGACCCCCUGAAUUCUGCUGCGGACUUCCAAUAUGCGACAGCAUGCCAGAUCGCGGCCAUCUUGACAAACGUUUCCAGAAUCGCAAUUCUUGGCGAUUUCACUCGAGGUGGCGAGGGUAUAGCCUUGGACGACGUGGCCGUUGUGGCUGCAGAUGCUUCGGAGCAGCCGGCGUACCCACUGGCUUGCCAGCAGGCACAGACAAAGAAGUUUCCAAUCAGAAAAGAGCUGACCUCAACUGGCUUAUUCACAUCGCUGCCGGUCGUGGAAUGGAAUCGCAAAGCUGCAUCGCUGUCUGGCUUUGCCAAGGUCGUGCUUCUUGCUGAUGUGUGUCUUGUUGCAGUCACAGCUGUCACCAAACCAGCAGCAUCGUGCUCCAGGGUUCCGAAAGCAAUGGCUGAGGAAGCGGAAUUUGAAGAGGUGGAUGUUAAUGAGAAGGACUUGUACAAAAUUCUUGGAGUUUCGAGAGGGGCCAAGGCAGACGAGCUCAAGAAAGCUUAUCGACAAAAAUCGUUGAAAUACCAUCCCGACAAGAAUCCGUCACCAGACGCGAAGCUCAAGUUCCAGAGAAUAGCGGAAGCGUAUUCAGUCUUGUCCGAUGACAAGAAACGGCUCAAGUAUGACAAAUCUGGCGACAUGGACUUGGAGGACUUCGACAUGGACCAGUUUUUGAACAUGUGGGUGGGUGAGAUGAUGGAAGAUGGGGGCAUUGUGGACGACAUGAUGCAGUCUGUACUGCCAUGGAGUGACGAUCAUGAGAAGAUGCAGCAAUUCAUGGACGAGAAUAUCGUCUCCAAGGGCGGGAAGCUUCAGUGUCAGAUUUGUGGACACACAGGUUCCAACAAGCGGUUGAUGAUGAUCCACUUCGAGCGGAAGCACCUCCACGACUGUGAGGAGUGGGCGAAGGAAACUAUCAAAAGCAUGAAGAACUCGUUUGAGUCCUUCAUGAAGCAAGUCACUGGCAUUGGCGACCCUUCUGGUGAGUUCUUACUGCCUGACGGCACCAAAGCAGAUGUGUCGAAGGUACCAGUCCCAGACAUACGAGCCCACAUGCAAAAGCGCGUGGACAAGGCCAAAGUGUUGGACGAGGUGCUGGAGACGUAUCGUGUCGUGGCUGGUUCCGAGCUCUCCGGCAAUGACGGACCUGUCGCUGCUGAGGAGCAAAGCGAAGUCAAGCGGCCAACGGCUCUGCCGGAGCCGAAGAAGCUCUCGGAUAUUCUGGGAGUUCCUCUGGAGGAGGCCAAGGCCUUGAGUCAAGAUAAGCCGCGGCUUCUGCGCCGCUUGCAGAAACGUAUUGAGGAGUUGAACGAGGAGGAAGAUGAAGCAGAGGACCUACUGGGCGGAUUCACAGAAGGCAUGGGCUUCGGCUUGGACGGCCUGGAUGGGCUGGAGGAUUUGCUUGGUGCUUCGGGCAUGCCACCUGCCCUUCAGCGGCUGCUGGGUGAGGAUGCCGACUUUGAACUCGAAGCAUUCAAGGAUGUUUUGGGGUCGCCUGGCUCCUUCCCGCCGCACUUUCUGGAAGGGGGUCUUGACCGCGGAAGGCUGGAGGACUUCUCGGAGAUGCAAAGACUGCUGGGAGGGCCCCAGGGCCGGCCAGGCCGGCCGGGCCUCGCAGAGCUGCAGGCGGCGGCGCGCUUUUCAGAGCCGGAUGAGCCUCAUAUGAGCUUCCCUCACACGUCGGUAAGACCACGUUGCACCAUGUUGCACGUUUACCCGUUGGCUCUGGCUCAGUGGCGGACAUGCAGCUCCGCGUAUUUCGUAGCUAUAGACGGCAAGGGCAGGAACUUCACAUUGCAUUGGUUUGCCGACCAAUCUUUCGUCAUGGUGCCACGACUCGGCGGAAAGCUUUACUUGUCUCAGAAAGCGAUGACUCCCACUGUGGGCGACGCUGUCGAUAGCCACUUGCGCAGGCUUGCUCCGUUUGUAGCCAUGAGAACCAAGCUUACCUUGAACUUUUUGAUGCGACGCCUGGCCAGGCAACUCCUGACCGCAGAAGGCUUCGAGUCGCUGCGUGCGGAGCUGGCAGAGUUCCAGCACCGGAUGAAGGUCAAGCUGGAUGGUCUUCAAAGUGCCCUUUCCACACGAGAAGGCGGUACACAGCCAGCUACAGAGAUCGAGGAAGAUGCUCCUGUAUCUGAGCCGAGCGCUCUGCUCGGCCGCAAAAAGACGAAUCAGGAUGAACUCGGCGACUUCUCCAGGCGCUACGCCGUUUGCUUUGGGGAAGUUUCGAGCCGAGAGAUGAGACUUCACUCCAGAUGGAUGGAGCGGUCAUAUCGAGAUGGCAGCCUAGACUCCGUAAGGACGCGGAUGCGGGAGUCAUCACAGGCUUUUAUCGAGAGCGAGCAGCUCCAGCCUGCGACCAAGGACACUGUUUCGCGGCUGGGACCGUGGCAUCCAGACGGUCGGUUUCGCCUCGUCUGGGAUGCGACGGGCUCCUUCCUCGUUCUUGCCGACGCUUUCAUCUCGCCAGUGGCGUUGGCUUGGGACAUUCCGCAUUCCUCGAACGUUGGCUUGACUCUCAUGUUCUGGUGCGGGCUAGUUUUCUGGUCAUGCGACAUCGCCGCGAACCUCAACACAGCCAUAUAUGUGCGAGGGAGGCUGGUGCGUGACCGGGCCGCGAUUGCCUUGAGCUAUCUGAGCACUUGGGCAAUUUUCGACGUGUCCCUGGUCACGCUAGAUCUGGCAAAUGCUUUCGCAGCCGACACAAUUUCCGCCGCGGCAGCAUUCCGUUUGGCCAGAGUCAUUCGAGCCUUCCGCCUCCUGCGGCUGCUGAAGAUUGCUCGGCUGCAGACUGUCGUGCAGGAACUAGCAGCAUCCACAGGGCGGCAGUGGCUCAUGCUGGUGAUUGCCAUCAUCAACACCACGUUUGUUCUUCUCGUAGUUGCGCACAUGCUAACCUGUAUUUGGGUUUGGCUCGGCCGAAGCACGCAGUCAGAGGGCAGAGAGAGCUGGAUCGACAUCGCUGGAGCGGCGACACUUUCUAUUCCUUUGCAGUAUCUGCAUUCCUUGCGGUAUGUGAUGAAUUCUCCAUCCCCACCGACGAUAGCGCCAGACAAUGGUCAGGAGCGAUUGUUCGACAUCCUGACAUAUUGGUUUUCGAUUUUGGUGAUGGGUACGACGAUUUCCACCAUUGCUGGGUCUCUUCACGACCUCCGCGCCAUGAAUGAAGCUCGUGCACGGCAGCGCCGGGAGGUCCGGCUCUACUUAACAGGCCAGAACGCCUCCUAUGAGCUCAUUUCCAGAAUCAUGAAGUUCGUGGAUUACAAGCUAGAAAGGACACUAGCAGUUCAACUCGACCCGACAUUGAUUUCGCCGACUCUGCAAGCGGAGCUCUUCGUUUCUCAAAGAUCUACUUUCUUGUGCAAUAUUCCAAUAUUUUCCGUCGCAGCAGACGUAUAUCCGGAUGUUUUCGCCAAGAUCUGUGCGGCCUUGCAGAAGCAGGCCUACGAGAAGGGAGAGUGCGUCUUCAUGGUGGGGGACUUGGCAGACCGGUUGCACAUCACUGCGGCAGGCGUCUUCGAGCUCGAUGAGGCACCAAUGAAAAACCACACCAAAAGAAUCCAGGGGGAAGAGGCCCAUUGGUUCUCAGAGAUUGGCCUUUACGCUGAGUUUGUUCUCCACACAGCGACGCUGAGAGCCCGCAACAUCGCUGAGGUGUUUACUCUAACGGGCGACGACUUGCUGCUGUGCGUGCAUGGCUCACCCAGCUCUACGGCCAUGUUCUAUGAGUAUGCCAGGGAUUUCCUCGCGAUGCAGGAAAGCAGCCACGGUAAACAUCAUCGCCAGGUGGAGUAUGCACAACUGUGCUGUGACAAGAACACGCACUACCGAAGCCUUCGCCCUGAUGAGAGAAAGCUUUUUCACAACAUCGACGUGAGAAGCCAUGUGCAAGAUUUGCAGCACACAGACAGCCCUUGGGAUCCAUGGGAGCAAUUAGCUGGUCUCAUGGGCGAUGUCAGAAGCAGAAGCCAAGAUGCGGGGCUGGAUGCCUGCGAAGUGGGCAGGCAGCUGCAGACCCUGCUGCCCGAGCUUCACUGCGCCGUCGGUUCAUACGCUGUAUUCGAGGAGUUUGCUGCCAGGGAUCAGGCAGAGUCUGCCUGUGUGAGCACCGUCGCUCUGCUUUGCAACCGGUACGACAUCUACACAGAGCAGCAGCCUGAAGGCGACAAGCUCUCCUUGUCACAGUGGGAGCAGCUCCAGGCUCUCGUGACGUGGUCGGCGCCCUCGGAGGGAGAAAAGUUUGCCGUGCUCGUACUUCUUGCGAUCAGAGCCUUGGGUAAAUCCAGGGCGGUGCGGCAGCAAGCGUCUCAGGCAGAUCCAGACCGUGCCGUCUUGUAUCUCAUGGACUCAGCGCGAACAGUCGUGCCUUCCGUUGAAUGCCUGGAAGGCAGAGACCCUGCCAUGGUUGACCUGCUGCAAGAAACAGUGCUAGCCCAGGAAGUUUUCAAGCUCGCUCAGAUGAUGCAGGGAGAGAAUGUCCCUGGCAAUAUUGCAGAGCUGAGAGACUUCUUCAUGCACCGUAGUACGACCACAUUCAGGUUUUACAUCUUCUAUCUCCUCGGAUUCAUGAGUGGUAUCUCGGGUGGCCAUGGCUCCAGAUUUAUGAUUGCCAGGAAUGCUGGCGCUGCCAUUUCUGCCAUUCACAUGCUGAAGCACUUGCUGGACAAAUCGCCCUCGGGCAUCUACUGGAGUUAUCUGAUCUCUCGUGCUCGCCCAAUGGGCCUUCAGCACCGCACGCCAGAGGAACUGGCGUUGGUUCGCCUUGCUUGUUUGAGCCGUGUCAGCGAUGCCCCUGGGCUUACCACCUUAUGGCACUCGUGGCAAGCUUGCACCUCUUCAGAAAGGAAGCUUCUUGUGGACCAUUUCCUCAUGGACGGAAUUCAAGAGCGUGCGUUUGUCCUCCAGUUCUUGCCAGACUGCAUAUCCAGUGCACGCGCCAACGCCUUGCUGGGUCUCACAGUGCUUCUGCAAGUUCUUGUGGAUUUGCUCAGCAACCUCUUCCCUGCGGUAGAGAACAUGCCCGUGUUGCGACGCAGGCAGAUAGUUACCGUCGACCUGUCGGACUUGAGUGCAUUUGCAGCUGCCGUGCGCAACAGAUUCAUCUUUCGCACAUGCAUCUCUCGUUGCAAAGUCCAUUGUACACAGACAGCAAUUCUGGUUCAGAUGGCAGAUGAGAAUUGGACGCGGGCGCACCAGCAGGAAAAUGACUUCUCCAAUCUUGCGUACGGUCUGCGCGACAUACUUGUUCAACAGAGCUUUCCAGACGAGCCUCGUUCCGUAGAAGCUAUCGACACCGAAAGGGUGUGA